GCGCUCGCGCUCGCCCGUGGCCGCGCCGCUCGCCCACCGCCGCAGAGAGAUGCAUAGUAGGAGAGAAGCGAUUCAUUUUUAGCUCUCCUCUCUCCUCGCGAAGCAAAAUGCCUCGCCGGCUGCUUGUGCUGUUGGAGCUCCGUUCGUGGAUGCACAGUGGCCAGCUCAAGAUCUUCCUCGAGAACGUCAUCCGCGACGCCGUCACCUACACGGAGCACGCCCGCCGCAAGACCGUCACCGCCAUGGACGUCGUCUACGCGCUCAAGCGCCAGGGCCGCACCCUCUACGGAUUCGGCGGCUGAGGGGCGCCGCCGCCGCCCGGUGGCCGUGCCAAAAGUCUUGGGUCGCGGUCAAGAAAUCGUGGAGGAGGCGAGAGUGUUCUGGUCCAUAUAUGCUCUGUUUCGUAGGAUUAUCAGUAGAGCCAAUUAUUGUUGGUUGGCGGCUUGGAUCAUUCUAGAGCCGCGCUCAAGUAGUAGUAUUUGAAGUUGUAUGGCAAAGUUGACCUGCAUUUGCUAUCUGUUCUGAACUUCUGAUAUGAAUCCGGUGCCUUGCCACGC